CUUUUCUCUAUUCCUUUUUUCUCUUUUUUCUCUUUUUUCUCUUCCUUCUUCUUUCUGCUUGGUCCGCUCCUCUCCCGUCCGGCAAUCCUCUUCUCCUCUCCCAGUCCGGCAAUCCUCUGCUCUCCGCCAUAACUCCGACUACUCCGCCACUCCCACGGGAACAAACUCCUCUGCCCAGGCCUCUCCAGCCACUACCUCCGCCGCCCAACCUCCAUAGCCACCGCCUACGGAAUACAACCUCCACCUCACCUCAACCGCUCCUUCCGCCGUACACAACGCCUCCGGCCACCACCUCCGUGGACUUCCCCUUCACCACCAUCGAAGCGACCUCCAACCGCGCCGGCUUCCAUAGCCGUCGCCCUGAGCCCCUGACUACCGUACCCACAGCUUCCGGCUUCGACAUCUACGGUCUCCACCCCCGCCUCAUCCACGUGGACCAGUUUUCCCUUCUGAUUCUUUACCUUGGCCAUCAUUCUUGAUUCUUCCGAUCCAUUUCAAACUGAACCUAACAAAAAACAAUAAAACCAAUACCCGCACCUAGUUAUAACGGAAUUGAGCUUUGGAGUUGAGCUAGAAUCACACGAGCUUUCGAACACACCACCGAGACCUACAAGGCUACAAUCACUCAAUCAGAUUAUCAGCGCUCUUGCCAGCCCAUAUGGUAGAGGAUCUCGAUUCGGAAGAGCACGAGCUUAUCUGUAUUUUAUCUAAUCCAAAAAUCAAAUAAGCAACGAUCGUUUGUUCUUCUACUGCUCUCUCUCAGUCUCCCCUGCUCUCUGCUUCAUCUUCUGAGACCUGUACUCUGCUCCAGGCAGCAAGCCCAUCCUGCUCUCAAUGAACUGUAGCCCCCCGCAAUUUCAGCUCCUUACUAUCCAACCUUUUAAGUUUGGGUGCAACCCCCAACAUGCUCUUAGCUCAUUCGAUGCUCUUAAGGGAAGUAGCAGCAGUAUACUGAUAGUGAAAUUGCCAACGCGAUCAAGGAACUUGCUUCAACUCCAAAGCAUAAGAUGUGGCGACCCCCAUCCACAAAAUGCAGAUUUUCCACGUUACUAUUCAAGAAAGGAGAGGAAGCCGUUUCCUGUACCAAUUGUAGAGCUAAGGAGAGCUGCUAGGGAGAGACAGAAGAACAGGUUAACCCAACCAAGGGGACGUUUGCCUCCACCAAAAGUUGGGUUGGUCAUUAAAGAACUGAUUCCACUUGCAUAUAGAGUGAUGAAUGCACGAAUAACAUUGAUAAACAAUCUCAAGCAGCUCUUGAAGGUGGUGCCUGUUCAUGCUUGCAAGUGGUGUAAUGAGAUUCACGUUGGACCCAUUGGGCAUCCUUUCAAGUCGUGUAGGGGCCCAGACGUUUCGAUCCGCAAAGGACUUCACGAGUGGGGAGAGGCAUUUGUUGAAGAUGUCAUGGUACAACUUGAAUCUUACCACCUCUAUGACCGUUUGGGGAAACGGAUUUGUCAUGAGGAGAGGUUUUCAAUCCCCCGAAUCCCAGCAGUGGUCGAGCUCUGCAUCCAAGCCGGGGUCGAUUUACCGGAGUACCCCACCAAGCGAAGGAGAAAACCAAUAAUCCGCAUCGGGAAGAGAGAGUUUAUCGACGCAGAUGAAACGGAUUUACCAGACCCUAUACCGGAACCUUCAAAGCCAUUGAUAUUCAAUGAGGUUUCUGAUGCCGAUGUAUCACCUCUGUCUGGGAAGGAUGAGACAAUUUUUUUGGCUGAAGAAACGGUACGAGCGUGGGAAACCAUGAGAGGAGGAGCUAGGAGGUUAAUGAAGAUGUAUCCGGUGAGAGUUUGCGGUUACUGUCCAGAGGUACACGUUGGGCAUAGCGGACACAAAGCGCAGAAUUGCGGGGCCCAUAAGCACCAGCAACGCAAUGGGCAGCAUGGAUGGCAGGCUGCCGUACUGGACGACUUGAUCCCUCCUAGGUAUGUUUGGCACGUCCCUGAUCUGAAUGAGGAAAUGAAGAGAGAACUGAGGAAUUUCUAUGGUCAAGCUCCGGCAGUGGUGGAAAUUUGUGUACAGGCAGGUGGGGCCGUGCCUGAACGGUACAAGUCAACAAUGAGGUUGGAUGUGGGGAUCCCUAAUGAUGUUGCAGAGGCUGAAAUGGUUGUUUGAACAACUUCCUCAUGUGUUAUAUUGUGUUUGUCCUUUCUUUUUGUAGACAUAAGUAGUCAGGUGUAAAGCAAAUAUACUCAUCUCAAUUGUAGAAAAACUUAUGCAAAACUGAAAUGGAAAGCUCCCGAGAGUUGAAGACUAAUGUUAAUGGAUUAGUUAUUUUUGGACAGAUUACAUUUCUGGCUCUUGGA